AUGAGUAGUAUUAGCAACGAGAGUGGCAGUGAUGAACUCCCAAAAUUUGUUCUCUUCAAUAACCGAUUCUAUCGUUAUGUUGGAAUUUCAGUUUCUGAUUUUGAUCCCGAUGGAGCUUUAUACACCUAUUUAUUUAGUUUUGAUGAUGAUGAAGAAGAUGUAAUACCACAAACACAAACCAAUACAAAUCUGAAUAGUAAUCAUGGUGCUGCUGCAAGUUCCUCCACAGCUGGUCCUCUUCAAGGAAAUAAUUCCGAUCACAUUCUCAAUGCUACAGCCAAUACAGCCUCCACGACAAGUACGAAUUUGAACAUUUCCAUUCAGGACGAUGAAGAUGAUGAGAAUGAAGAAGAUGAUGAAGAUUUAUCUGCUGGUGGAGGAGGAGAAGCGUCACAUGCUCAAACUCAACCAACCACAGCAAUGCCUCAAUUAAACACGUCGAAAAAGGAUGGCCAUGAAUUUGACAUUUUACAAGCCAUUUAUCAAGUGACUGGACAAUUAUUGGUGAAUGAGGAAGAAAGGAAGGCAAUUAUUCGAUAUGUCUUGUGGUUUAUUAAUUUGUCGUUUAAGAAUGCAGAGUUAGAGAGGAAGACCAUUGCAAGUGCUAUAAAAAGAGGAGAUUUGGAGCAAAAUUUGAUUGAUAUUGGAUUUAAGGAACAAGCAUCCAUUAUCAAGUAUGUCAAGUAUAUUUAUGAUUAA